GACUGAACAGAGGCAGUCUUUUUCAUUCUCCUCAGUGCUACAGCCACAGAGAGAGAGGAAUAAAGAGAUCUGCACUUGCUUGUCCAUAGUGGCGGGUCAGGCAGAUACAGAGCAAGCCGGCGGGAUCAGGAGAGAGAGAAACAGAUGAGAGUAACACAGCGUGAAGACGGGGAGUCCGAACACAUCCGUCUGCAUGAGGAAGUGCAGACCUUUGAUGAGCUUCUGACCCACCUAUCAGCUGCUGACUUUCUGCUUUCAACAUGAAGAACGAGGACUUCAGUCUUUCCACAGAUGGCAUUGAAGAAAACAUUUGCUUCGGACUUCAGUACCAGGAAUAUGUGGAGUGGUUGUAGCUACUUGCAUGUUGAUUUGGUCCUCAGCUGUUGGGACAAUGUUGGGAGGAAGAAAACUACCACAUAGUAAGGAAAAUCUACCAUCCACACAAAGUUAAAGCAGUCAACCAGAUUAUGGAGUUCUUUGUAACUUUUCUUGGGAAACUAUACAGAAUGAUUGUUUGGACCACACCGUGUGGACACUCCAGGCUCCCCAGCGCUGUGAACAGGACUGUAAGGGUUUGACUGUGUUUGUGGGUGUGUAUACCAGUGGUGGUAUGACACAGCGGAGGUGAGAGGACAAGACCUUUCCAGACCAUUCUUUCUUUACAAUGAGAGUUCCAGCCGGCGUGGCUGCAGUUUCCUGUCUUUGUCCUCUGGUAGUCCUCCUAUGUGUCGUCUCCCAGAGUUGUUAUGGGACCCAGGUCAAUCUGAGCCCUCACACUAACCCCGCCCCCAGCCUGCACCCAGACCCGAGGCUCAAGUCACCGUCCGAACCGACCCCGCUCCCAAGCACCAGUCCUGACAAACUCAUGUCUGCACUGAAGCCAAGCCAGCUCCUCCAGACCAAGUCUCAGGUCAAACCUGGGCUUGACAACGUUCCAGACAACCAUGGGCCCAACAAGAAUUCUUCAUCGGCUAUCUCCCAGCCCGCAUCAAGCUCAAACACUAGACUCAAGCCACAGCAUGCACCCAAACAGAGUUCUAAUCCAAGGCAAGGGUUGGCAUUCAAAGCAAAUUCUUAUCAGGUGGCAACAAAUAACAUGAACAGUCCAAAGCAAUCUGCAAAAAGCAACCCAAAGCCAAGGCCUGGGUCACUGCAGCAGCCAAAGUCCAAGGCUGUGAUCGGACCUGAGGGUGACACUGAUUCUGCUCCCAAACCUAAAUUAUCUUCACCAUCCAGUAAUAAUCAAAGGUCUAACUCAACUGGUACUAUGAACCCCAGGACCCACAACAGCCCAGCUUCACUAUCCAGUCCUAAAUCCCCAUCCAAAACCCAGUCUUCUCCACAAACAAACACAAAUGCCAAAUCUAACUCGAAGAUCUACAACCCGAACUCCAGACCACCAAUUACAACACAGAGGAACCAGACCAAGCUGCUGGACACAGACAAGGAUUCCCACCAUUGGCCUAAGAGAAGCUGGAUCUGGAACCAGUUCUUUGUUCUGGAGGAACACAUUGGACCUGAACCUCAGUACAUUGGAAAGCUCCACUCCAACUCCGACAAGGGCGACGGCUCCGUGCGCUACAUCCUGUCUGGCGAGGGGGCCGGGUCUAUCUUCAUCAUUGACGAGACGACGGGUGACAUCCACGCCGCCAAGAGCCUGGACCGCGAGAGCAAAUCUCAUUAUGUCCUACAUGCGAGGGCCAUCGACCGCUGGACCAACCGCUCGCUGGAGGCAGAGUCAGAGUUCAUCAUCAAGGUCCAGGACGUCAACGACAACGCUCCAACGUUCCCCACCGGACCGUCCUCAGCCACGGUGCCUGAGAUGUCCGACAUUGGAACAUCAGUGGUCCAGGUGAUGGCCUCAGAUGCAGAUGAUCCAACUUACGGCAACAGCGCCAAGAUAGUAUACAGCAUCCUGGAAGGGCAGCCCUACUUCUCUGUUGACCCCAAGACAGGCAUCAUCCGCACAGCCAUGUCCGACAUGGACCGUGAGACCAGGGACCACUACGCUGUGGUGAUCCAGGCCAAAGACAUGGCCGGCUCCGUCGGAGGACUGUCAGGAUCCACUACCGUCAACAUCACCCUCACCGAUGUCAACGACAACCCUCCCAAGUUUCCACAGAAGAGCUACCAGCUGUACGUCCCAGAACUGGCUCCGGUAGGUAAGGCGGUGGGUCGGAUCAGAGCCAACGACGAGGACGAAGGGCAGAACGCCGAGAUGACCUACAGCAUCACUAACGCAGACGCCGCUGCCAUCUUCACCAUCAGCACCGAUGCUGACCGCAGGGAGGGAAUCAUCUCCCUCAAGCAGCCGCUGAACUACGAGAAGAGAAAAGUUCACACGCUGAACAUCGAAGGCUCCAACACUCACCCAGACUCCCGCUUCUCCCACUUGGGGCCGUUUAAGGAUUCCACAUCGCUGCGAGUCAUCGUGGGCGACGUGGACGAGCCGCCCGUCUUCUCCAUGGACUACUACAUCCUGGACGUGUACGAAAACUCACCUGCAGGCACCCAGGUUGGAACCGUGACCGCUGUGGACCCUGACAGCACAAACAGCGGCAUCAGGUACUUCAUCGAGAAUGAAGAGGAGAGGCCGUUGUAUUUCACCAUCGGGGUGAACAGCGGCAUCAUCAGGACGACUCAGGGUCUGGACCGGGAGGAGACGGCGUGGCACAACAUCACUGUGAUGGCUGCAGAGGUUGAUAACCCACGUAUGGUGAGUCAUGUUCCCGUCACAAUCCAGGUCCUGGAUGUCAACGACAACAUCCCAUCCAUCUCCGGGGGCAACACUGUCACAGUGUGUGAGAGCACCAAAAAUGGACAGGUGAUUCAGACCAUCCGAGCAGCAGACCUGGACAACUUUGCAAAUGGAAAGUUCUCCUUCUUCGUGCCUCCUGAACAUCAAGUUAAAACUAAUUUUACUGUGAAGGACAACAGAGACAACACGGCCAGCAUCGUGUCUCGGCGGCGUGACGGCUUCAGCGUGGACAGAGACCAGGACGUGUUCAGCCUGGUGGUGGUGGUGUCUGACGGCGGCGAGCCUCCCCUCAGCAGCACCGUCACCCUGUCCCUCAGGGUGUGCGUCUGUCAGAGGAACACCAGGGGGCGCAGCAACAACCUCUGCCAGGCUCAGGCCUUCCUGUCCUCAGCAGGCCUCAGCACCGGCGCCUUCGUGGCCAUUCUGCUGUGUAUCGUCAUAUUAUUAGCCAUAGUGAUGCUUUUCACUCAGCUGCGAAACAAGAAAGCGAGCAAAGACCCUUUGAUUCUGUCUGAGGAGGACAUCAGGGAGAAUGUGGUGACCUACGACGACGAGGGCGGCGGCGAGGAGGACACCGAGGCCUUUGACAUCGCCGCGCUCCGGAACCCGAAGGCCUCGGAGCCUCGCAGAAAGUUCUAUCUCGGCCAUGGACCGAGUCCGUACGGGGAGGAGGAUGAGAUCGAGGAGGACGAGGAGGAAGGGAUCGUGGUGGUAAGGAGGAGAAAAACCAGGGAGGUGGAUUACGGCUACUACAGCCCAGAGCCUAAACCCGCCUGGUUCAUCAUUGACUGCGUUCCUCGAGAGAUCAGCCAGUCGGCGCCGUCGCUUCUGCUCGAUGGUCACGACAUCAUUCAGCAGAUCAUCCAGCAGAAGGUGGUCCAAGCAGACUCGGACACUCGAGGUCCACCGUAUGACUCCCUUCAGACGUACGCCUAUGAAGGCCGUGGAUCUUUAGCCGGGUCUGUCAGCUCUCUGGGCCUCACUGAAGCUCUGCCUGAACUGAACUAUGCCGACCUGGAGGACUGGGAGCCGGAGACGCAAACGCUGGAAAGAAUUGUGGGAGAGGAGACGGCGGCAAGUCCAGCUAACCCAGACUCCUAAAAACUCCUGUCAGAGAGUUUGUUUUCUACUUUUGAGUCAAUUUGCUGAAGCAAAUUACUUUUUAUUUAUGCCAUUUAAACCUGGCUGCAAAAUUACUGCCGCAGAAAGCUGGCAAUGAGGAACUGUGAUAUCGUGUGAAAUCAGAGGAUAAGAAAAGCCAUUUAUGUCCAGCAGAAGAAAAGGAAACUCAUAGGCUGGAGGGAAACUUGUCCGAGCCUGGGUACUUUUCUGAAAUGAUGAACUAAAUGCAAACGGACCGUAACAGUGUGGACAUGCCGAUUUGCAAACUAUUUUCUCCCUGUGCUCUGCUUGUUUGGUGUGUCGGUAGAAAAGUUACAGAUGGUCCUGGACCCAAAGGAUUGUGGUCUUUAUCUUCAAUGCUACACCUAAAAAAAACAACACAGAAAUGAAAAUCAAAUCCCCUUGGAGCACUGUGAAAGAGGGUUGAAGGUGCAGGUUCCUACAUGGAGUUUUCUUGAUUUGUUAUUCAUAAAGCAAAGAAAAUGAGGCCGACUGUGAUCUAAGUUUUAUCUACAGUAUGAAGAUGAAUCAAGAGGAAGCUGAUGGCCCCACUGGAAAAUGCACGUUGCCGAUAUUCUAAAGGCCAAAGAAAGCUACGGAAAAGUGGUGGAUUCUUAUAGUUUAUGAGUCUGAACCCUAAAUAUGUUUGCAUGCUCAUAGUGGCAGCAGGGUCCUGAAUCUUCAGGUUCUCAGGUGUGGAUCAGUGAAGGGUUUUUGUGAAUCCAAAUUCCAGUUUUACUGACAUACUCUGAGCCGAAGAGACCAAAAUGCCAAAACGUCAGGUGAUCUCUCCCAACAAGCCCAAACCCUUGUUAUAAAUGGUAAUUAACAGUGUUUCCCAUUCAAAAUGUGCCUGUUUGGAACUUCACAGUCAUCACAUAGAGAAAGACAGUCCAAAACAUCUUCACAUCAGGCAGUAAUACGCUUAAGACAUCAAUGGAGGCAGCAUGAGCUCGACUUUUAACAGUCACUUGCACAUGGAGGUUCUCCUGGGAGAUUCAUGCUUUACAUACAGAAGAAACACAUGAAACACACGUGCAACAACCACGGGACCACAUCUACAUGGGAUUUUGCACAUAUGAAAUUUAAUGUGUUAAAAACUAGUGACAGUUUUCAAACAGGAAAUAUGUGAUUUAGGAACAUUUUCAUGCUCUGUAUGCGUGAAACCCACGAAAAGAGUUACAAGUGAAACACAUUAACUCAGAAUCCACAGAACUCAAACACACAACAUUUGACACCAAGUGCAAGUCAUGAAAUUGGUUUCCAUUGAUAGUUUGGAAAAGGGAGACAUCAUGCUGUGGCUGAACAACCAGCAUGGUGCAUGAUUUGAUCAGACAGAAUUCACACCGUUUUCAAAGUAGUUUUGGGAAUUUGCAGACUUCUUCCAAACAUAGCAAUGGAGAUCAUGUCCAUCAGCCAAUCAUAGACUCCAGUAAACAGCUUCACCUGAGCAGCCUGACAUUUAUUUAUCAUAUGCCACGAUUCCCACAGUUAAGAACAAAUAUAAUUUACACAAAAUAAGCGUUUAUUUGGAAAGAUGCAAUGCAAACAUAUGAACCAAACUGUGCAUAGUGAGAAAAAAUCCCCUGAAGAAGUUCUAACAAACAAGUGAUACAAACUGAGUGUUGAUUUCCAAAUAUGCAAUGAAAAUGUAUAAACAAAACUGAUUUAAAGGCUCAUAAUGCCCCUAAAGAUGAUGGAACAGGGCACAAGAUGUCUUCUGGGGGAAAAAAUUCAAUUCUUUGAGGAUUUACACCAACUUGCUGUAUAUUUGAGUGUGUGUCUGAAGGAAAAAAUCAAAGAUUAGAGAAGCACAACCACCAUUUCUAUUCUGUCUCAGUAAAGCAUCAUCUCUUUUGUAUUUGGAUUUCAUGACUGACUCUGUUAUUUUCAAGUGAUGACUGGUCUUUGUGUUCAUAGUUGUCAGAUAUAAAAACAUGUGCAGGCCCUCUGGAAACCAUCCAAAGCUGGAAUCUGUGACUUACGCAGUUGUCAGUAUCUUGGCAUAUACAGUAUAAAUAGUUUACCAUGUUUCCCUUUCUGCUCUUCUCCUGGUGUCUUUUACUUUUUGUGCCCUGCAGGCCUUGAUCUCAGUGUCUCCAAUGCCUCUGUGAACUUUUGACAUGGUCUGUAAGAAAUGAGAUGAUAAUAAAUUUACUUCAGUACUCACCAAACACACUUGGAGUCACAUUCUGAGGCCAAAAUAAUUCAUAAAGCAUCCAGCAGGUGUCAACGGCUGAUUCAAGAGUGCAGAAUUUUAUGAAUAGUCAUUUAUAAUCUCAUCUGAACUGGUGAUCGUAAUGAAAGCUGUAAAAAAGAGCAACAUUUUUUCUGUGUCAACAACAACAGCAUUUUGUCCAACCUGAAUAAUAUCCCGGCAUGUUUAACGUUCACCAGGUUCACUUUGAUUUUCUGUUGUUUCUCCCUGACAAUCUCCCUUAUUUCCUGUGACAGAGCACAUCAGCGUCUCUUCCACGGUGAAGAUGGAGCCCAUCACAGCCCUGGUAAGUUCCUCACACCUUUCUGGAUUAUCCAAGGAGACUAGAUUCAUCAUGUUGGUGACAACCUUGUUCUGCAAAGAUGAACAAAUUCAUCUUCUUCUAGAGUCUCAAAAAAAGAUCAAGUUGUCGAAGCUGAAGUGUCAAAUCAUAGCUUUUCCAGCAGGAGUGAUUCCAUUUGAUUUAAUGUGCUAAUGUGAGUUUUCAGAAUGUCUGAACAUCACAAAACAAAACAGACAAACUACAAACGUUGGAAAGUGGAGACAGAGUAGUUUGUGGUAGAUUCAAAUAGAUUUCUUGGUUUUUGAUGUAGUUGAUGGUUUGCCUCAAACUGGUUUGUGACUGGUUUGUGCAGGUGGUAAAUGACGACGAUAUUAAUAUAGAUUUUGAUGACUGGACUUCAAUUUCUAGUGGAAGAAGUUGAAGUAGGAAAUUUGAAAACAGGCAACAGAACUGUUAGCAAAGCAAUUGUGAGAGAAGAAUUUAAAAUAAACCUUGAAUUCUGAGACGAAGGUGAACAUGUCAGUCUUAGUCUGACAGCAUAUUCUCGGAAAUUGGGAAAGAAAGCGGAAGAGAAAAAUAAAACUUUGCAUUUUGAAAAUAUUUGAAAGAAAACAGUGAGUGACAGAAGGAUUGUGGGUGAAAGUAAAGUUGUGCAGGGAGUGAUAACAGGUAUUCUAGUAGACGGAAACUUGGAAAAACUUAAUGGAGGCGAGUUAAAGAGAAUAAAGAGAUUUCUGAAAGCAAACAAUGGAGACGCAUUAAUAGUCAGACUGUUAUUCCCAAGUUUCAGGAAUUUGUACUCCCAAAAAAGAUGAAAAUCUAAUGGAAGAGGUUAUUCACAGUUAGGCCCAAUAUGCCUUUUAGAGAUUUGGACACAUUUGAGCAGUUUGCAAAGGAAAGUAGAAAUGGUGGGCAACAAAGCAGUCAACAUAAGCUAUAGAGAAGUAAUGAAGAAGGUACAAAAACACCUGUCAAAUCAGACAUCAGUCAAAAAGAGGAAAUAAUUACGAUACAAUGACUGAUUUAGUUCAUUGUCUUUGUAAAUAAAUGUGAGGAUCAAGUUAAAUGUGAAACAAAGAAAAUUAAAAUGAUUGUCAGGCAGCGGAGAACUUUUGGGGUAAAAUGUGUCUUUGGAGCAAAUCAAUGAAGGACUGGAGGCAAAAACAGCUGGGAGAAGCAGGGGAUACGAGGAAGUAAUUAUUCUACAGUGGGAUGCAAGAAGUUUAAUAGCAAACGGUCAAGAAUUUAUAGGAAUCAUUAAAAAAUCUUAGAAACCAUAAGUCAUAUAUGUUCACCUGUUAUUAAAGGUUAUGAUAGUAUCUGCAGAGAUAGAUUGGAGGAGAGUUUUAAUGUUUGUGUAGCGACUUAAACCAACAAGAGUCACUGAGAGACUGAUACUGGGCCUGUUUGUCCGAUGUGCUAAUUGAAAGAAUCCACUGGGAUUUCCAAAUGAUAAAUUUAACCUUUUAUUAAAGAAAAAAGAUAAUCAAUUCAUAAUAACGUGCACAAAGUUAUAAUCAAAGUCAAAGAAAAAUAACAAAAAUAGCGAAAAUAGGGAUAAUAAUAGCGAAUGUAGCGGUCAACAAAAAAUACGGCGACCCAGCUCACCCCCUCUCAAACAAAGAAAAAUUGCUGGAUUAUCCCCGCUCUUACGCAGGUGACCCGCAAUCAACCUAUUUAACAUAAAUCACAAAAUAAUACUAUAACUAAACAAACACAAACAACAAUUAAUAUGCCCUUAACCUUACAAAUAAAAUAGCAAUUCAUUUAUGGCUCCUACAGUUUGUAAAGGAAGGAAUAAGAACAGAGCUGAUUUAUGCAGAGAGAGUAAAAUUUGUCAAAAAGUAGGAAAUAUAAAAAAUGCUCGCUUUCCUAAUCGUAAUGGAUGAACUCGCUGUACAUUGAGGAGGAAAAGUGCCACGGUUUGGUGAUUUUAGUGAGUGUGAUGAUGACGGUGGAAUAGUGAUGGAAGAGUUCUCAGAGAUUGAAAAUCUAGUGUGCUUAAAAUAAUGGAAGUGGAACGAGAUUUAAUAUCGCAGCAGGAACAGAAUCAGACAUCGAUCUCACACUCCACUGUAGAAAUAUAUAGAUUCACCGGCAGGCGUUUGCUCAAGGAAAGUGGUUGUAGAGAUGGAAGUAGGCUGAAGGAACAUGAUAAAGGAGAGAAUGUAGAUGUGUCAGUGAUCAAAAAGUACAAAAACAGUUACAUUAAUGAAGGUAUUUAUAAUCUAAAUGGUCCUUUUCAGGGAGGUAAGGACAAAAAAAAAGAAUAUUGUGCCAUGUGAGCAAAUAAAAAAUAUACAGCUUUUGAAAUGUUUAAAGGUUUCAGAAUUUUAUUGAAUAUAAAAGAAUUCUGUAACACGGUGUCACAGAAACAGAACCUGCUAAAAAUAUCUGGACAAAAAAAAAAAAAAAAAGAGUGGAGUUAAAAGAGAAUUUGGGUGUCCUGUCCUAAAUAGUGGAGGAGAAGGUAGAGAUGUCGGCACAGUCCUUGUAUAUUUUGGCAAUUGGAUUUUCCGUUCUGAAACGGGUAUUGAAAAACAAAAAACGAGUGGCUAUUUGAUUUUCGUUUUAAAAUACAAAAAAUAAAAUUGAAAUACAAGGCGUUUUUCCUUUUCAUGAUCAAAAAGGGAUAUACGAAAUUUUAACAAUGCUUUGAUUUUCAUUUUAUAUUUCGAAUAACAAAAAGUAAAAUCAAUAAGAGACAGAAACGAAAAAAAAGGUCAGUUUUUUCAUUUUCUGAGACCGGAAGUGGUCAUCAGUAAGUGUGGAGCCAAACGACAAGAAGAUUCUCAGAGGGCGGAGCCAGAGAGCAGUGAUUGGUCAGACUGACUGAGAUCCAGAGAGCAGUGAUUGGUCAGACCAUAGAUAAUAUAGAAGACAGCGCUAGCGGAUCUAGUCUGCUCUAUAUCUAUGGUCGGCACGUCUGGUAGCAUCUCUGGCUGCUGUUGAUCUGGUUUUUGGAGUAAAACACGGUAAGAAGAUAAAUACUUCUAACCAGUAGCGUUGUUUUGUUGUACGUUAAGCCAGCGACUUGUGAAGAGUUGUGUUUUGUCGUGUUUGAGCAGUUGGUCCGGACGCGUUAGCUAGCUAAGCGGCUAAGUUAGCUAGCGGGCUAAUUAGCACAGGUGGCUAACUUACCGCUGAACACCUGUGUUAGUUGCUGCUGCAGCUGUCCUCAUUAUUAGAAGGAAAUUCUCAACCUGUAUUUCUCUGCUGUGUAUUUUAGCUUUUAAAAAAGUUAUUUUACUUUAAGGUUAACUGAAACCCGUUCAGCUGCACUGAAGUUUAACAUUCAGCUGGUUUGAAUUAAACCGUGCUUAACUUAACAUUGCGCAACAUUACCUCUCUGAAUCUCCAUAAUUUCAUUAAGUUCCUUCUCUCUUCCCCUGCUCAAGUUCAAUCCAGUAUAUAAAGUGACAUUAAUAGUGAAUAAACUAACAACCAGCCAUUGUAUUUAUUUAUUAUUGCAUGUAUUUGUAGUAAAACAUGAGUUGAAACAUCCUACUUUUGGAUCUAGAACUGCACGUCGUUCAUUUUCAGUCACCUGACGAGUUAAACUCCCCUUUUUAUGUGAGAUUGAAGCAGAAAGUCUGAGUUACAAAGAAAGUUUAUAAUUUGCGAUACCUGUUAUCUCUGACUGAGGCUUUAUUUACACGUAGAAACUUUGUUCAGGAAGAUUUCUCAGUAGCUCAGAGGACAGGCUGCUUUUUACACAACCUUGGAAGAGAAUGUCUGUCAAUGCUUUCAGCAGAAUUUAGAAACACAACACUUCCUAAACAGAUAUUUUGAGGCUGUGAGGUUGAACGUUUGAGAGUCUAUCAGUGUGUUUGUUUGUGGUCUUUCUGUUUCUAGGUGGAAGUUGAAUUAGUGAGGAUGACUCCUGCUCCUGUCAUCUCUAAGUUCCUCACACAUCUUUACCUGCACAUGAGGAAAAUCACUCCUGUAGAAUGCAGGUAUGUUUGUCAUUAUUAUAAAGAGAUGUUGCCUGGUGACCUGUCAGAAACUUAUUAUACAGAGUCAGCCAAAAUAAUGUUUACACACAUCAGGAAAAGAAAAACUAGCAUAAAUAUUUCAAUACCAAAUUUAUUCAGACAUCACCAGAUUAAUACGAUAAUAAAACCUUCCUUUUCGACAAAGCUUAUAGUUAGGGCUGACUGGGUGACCCUGACGGGGUGAGCUGGUGUUUUCAUUUGCACAACUGACUUCCCCUCUUGACGUCCCUUUAGUUUGCCCCUAGUUAUGCUGCUAUAGGCCUUGGCUGCUGGGGAACCUCUCUGGAUGCACUGAGCCCUUCUCUAACUACCUAUGUAUUUACUAUAUAUACCAUUAUUGCAUUACAUUCACUUUGUUUCUUUCUGUGUCCUUUCUCCGAGUGUCCCUGGUCCCAGAGCUGGAUGCUGGAUGCUUCAGAUGUGUGGCUGUGUUUUAUGGUCCUUGUGUCCCACCCCCCCACCUCUCUAUCUCUACCCCUCUAUCUGUAUCCCUCUAUCUCUACCCCUCUAUCUCUACCUCUCUACUUCUUCUGUCCCUCUCAACCCGCCCGGCCAGCAGCAGAUGGUUCCCCCACAUUAGAGCCGGGUUCUGCUCGAGGUUUUUUUCCCUGUUAAAAGGGUGUUUUCCUUGCCACUGUCGCCUUUUGGCUUGCUCUGGGGGUCAGGCAUAUGGGUUCUGUAAAGCGUCUCGAGACAAUUUGACUGUAAUUGGCGCUAUAUAAAUAAAAUUGAAUUGAAUUGAAUUAAUAAAAGUUAUCUUUGGCCUCUACAAUUACAAGAGGUGCUCAAAGUGGAGGCCACUGGCUUCCAGACAUUUCUGUUGUGUUGUAGACGUCACUUGUUGAUGCUCCAUUCAUGAGGGUAGCGCCAUCUGUUGGGAAAACAUCGUACAACAGGACACAGAGUUAUCAUGAUUUGAUCAAACUUAGAGGAAUCUAUAUGUAUAGAAGUACUGAUACAAAUGAAAUAUUUAUAAAAGUUUUUCUUUUCCUGAUGUGUGUCGACAUUAUUUUGGCUGACUCUGACUCUGUGAACUUAAUGAGAACAAAACUGUCAUUUAAUUGUUGCUCUGAAAGCUUCUUUAGUGAAAACCGGCUGGUGUUCUGCUUUGAAACAAACUGCUGUCUCAUUCAUCCAGGUCAUGGUUAUCCAAAGUUGUUUAAAUCAAACUGGACUUUAAGAAGGUUCCUUGAAGACGUUUCACCUCUCAUCCAAGAGGCUUCUUCAGUUCUGGUGGUGGUUGAUGUUGCCUCAGCUUAUAACCCCUGUGAGGUGUGGUCAGUGUUAUUCACAUUCCGAUGACCAUUGCCAAGGCCCACCUGGCUCCUCAACGAUGGUCGUUGGGAGCCAGGGAGUGACAAAGGGGGUCGUUGAAAUGUGAGUUUCACCGAGCCCUCGUAUGCUAAUGGUGGUCGUUAGCAUGAGCCACUUCACAUUAGUCAUUCUGCUGAGUAGUUCUUUCGGGGAGUUUUGAAAGGACCUGAUUGUAAAUCUGCGAAAGAUGAUGUCGCAGACCCCCACCCCCCCCGUUCAGAGAUGGCUUCUCUACUCGCAGAUCUGUGACAUCAUCUUUCGCCAAUUUACAAUCGGAUGUGGGGAGUGUGGAACCCAGGUGAACAGCUUAGCUCUGUCGUGUUCCUCAGACCACUCCUGAGUAGUUUUAGUUUGUCCUGCUGAGAGAGGCAGCUGGCAUCAAGGACUGCUGUUGCCAUGGAGACUAGGGGGUUGUUUGUCCUGCAGUGUUUAGGUGGUGGUACAUGUCAAACAUCCACAUGAAUGUCAAGGUUUCCUAGCAGAACGUUGCAUUAGAACAAAAUGAUGGAUGUUGUUCUCUUCAGCUGUCAGUGGUCAGAAUGUUGUGGCUGAUCAGUGGAUCUGUCUGCCUUUACUCUGACAUCCAGAGUUAUACAAAAGUGUAGUAUGUGUGCAGUGCAGAAGAGAUUUACUUUAUUGGAUGCAUUAAUAACCUCAUAACAUUCAAAUUUUUAUUCCAGUCUUGGUUGGAUAUAGAAUCUCUGUAUUGAUUCAGGUAAAAACUGAACUUCACAGCAUGUUGGAGCAAAACAACCAGAUGAAAACUGUGAUGGUGUUGGAUUGUCAGACCGUAAUGUUGCAGCUCAAAGCAGCUUUUCUAUCUCAGUUCAUUCUGACAUUCAGCUAUGAAUCAACACAGCAGAUGGUGAUCCAUGCUGUGGAAGUCUCACAUCUCCUGAUUUAAUGGAGCUGCUUUGCACUUUUUACACUGUUUAUUCACCAACUCUUUAUUUAAUAAAAGUCCCAUCUAGUUUUUAUGAGGAAUGUGAUGUUUUAAUUUCUCUGUGAAUAACUGCAGUCUAAUGGAACAGCUGGAAUUGUAACAUCUGUCCUGAUAUUGAUCAUGAAGUAUUGAUCAGAAUACUUAUGGUUAGCAGUCAUCCCUGAAGUUUUACAUUAAAAUCUUUACUUGUGUUGUGAACUUUGGUAAGAAGCAGAAACUUUAGCGUUGCCAUGGAUACAUGAGUGUUAAAUUCUGUCCAUCUUUCCAUUUUGGGAAAUUCAGUCCAGCAGAUGAGUUUGUUUUUACUGCCAGCUACCAUUCAGUCUGAGAUAUUAAGAAUAAAUAAAUGUGCAUAAUGUGGAAAUGAACAGAUUUUAUUUUUAUUUAUUCCUACAGCUGCUGUGUGGAAAGUUCCAGAAUGUGGAGGAAUUUAGUCUCACAAUCACAGACAAUAAAUAUUAUCUGAAAGUCGGGUUAUUGUUGUUCAUCAGCACAAUACAAAAAGAUUCAUGUUAGACAUAUUCCAGAGACAUAUUCAAGACUCUAGAAUAUCAUGAUUUAUGUAAAUUUACCUCAAUAAUAUGAAUGUUCAGGUUAAGAUUGUGCAGUGAUAUUUAUUCUGUAAGUUUAGCUGAUUAAAGUUUAUGACUCUGCACUACAAUAUUAUUUAUUAUUUAAAUUUACAUCAUUAUUAGAAUAUUUAGGUUGAGACCCUACAGUAUUGAGAUUAAGAAAUCGAAUAUUCUAUAAAAUGUAAAUACACUGAACUCAUUUGGAUAUAUUUAAGUGAGACUCUACAAUAUUAUUUGACACAAAUCCAUCUAAAUCAAAAUUUGAAUCAUUUUUGCUCCAAACAUUUACUGGACUGAUUUAAAUAUUAAAAUCACUUCUUUCUAAUCCUCUGCUGUAUGUUCAAACCUGAGGCCUUAAAUAGAAACACACAAGUAUCUGAUUGAAGGAACUUCUGCAGAGUCCUGGUUCCAGAACAUGAUGAUAGAAUUAUAGACAAACUUUAACAAAAGCUGCCUGAGAGUUUACAGGUUUUUAUGUUAGAUUUCUUCACUAAUUUAAUGAGCGUUAUCAGCAAAAAUCAAGUGUUCAUUUGAUGAACUUCAUUUCCUAAAACAUCCAGAAUUGGAGCUCAUAUCUUUGGCAGCUGUAAAGUUUCUGCUCCUUCAAAGUUCACAACACAAUGAAUGAAUUCCUAAAACACUCUCAAUGCUGGAGAGCGUUUGUGAUGCUGAAGCAGUGAUCAGUUUUUCUGUUUCUCUCUCUGGAGAUGCACAAUGAGGGACGUCUGCAGAGACUGAGAAAGAGUCUCACCACAUCCUGACAUGAGGAAAAAGACUUUAUUGAAGACUACAAUGAGAAAAACUAUCAGACAGCAGACGGCUACAUUCAAGGUGAGCUCUGAACAUUUGAUCUGGAACAGGAAUUCAAUAACGGCAGCAUGAGCUUCAUUUCAGUCUGUAGCUGCUGAAUUCAUGGAUGAAUCAUCUGGCACUAGAGAGGAAGACCAUCAAACACCACGUCAGCUGAUGGAGGUCCAAGAGUCUCACCCAACAAACAACCUACAGAGUGAAGACCUCCAAUCUGAUUGGACGGCCUCCUAUUCAGCCACACGUGUGAACAAAUGCCUCUAAGCUGAUUUGUUUUCUAAAAUAAAUCUAGUUUGAGUCCUAAUCUA